AUGUCUUCCAACAGUAUAAAGUUGCUUGCAGGUAAUUCUCACCCAGAGCUGGCCGAGGUUAUAUCAAAAAGACUGGGUAUACCGUUAUCCAAGGUUGGUGUGUACCAGUAUUCUAACAAAGAGACAUCAGUGACUAUUGGGGAAAGUAUUCGUGAUGAGGAUGUAUACAUUAUUCAGACCGGAACAGGAGAACAGGAAAUUAAUGAUUUCUUGAUGGAACUUUUGAUUAUGAUUCAUGCUUGUAAGACUGCAUCAGUCAGAAGAGUUACGGCUGUCAUUCCUAAUUUCCCAUAUGCUAGACAGGAUAAAAAGGACAAGUCUCGUGCUCCGAUUACUGCGAAAUUGAUUGCCAACCUCUUGCAAACUGCAGGUUGUGACCAUGUCAUCACCAUGGAUUUGCACGCUUCGCAAAUUCAAGGUUUCUUCCAUAUCCCAGUUGAUAAUUUGUAUGCUGAACCUAGUGUGUUGAACUAUAUCAAGACGAAGACUGAUCUGGCGAACGCUAUUUUGGUUUCGCCUGAUGCUGGUGGUGCCAAGAGAGUUGCAUCUUUGGCAGAUAAGCUGGAUUUAAACUUCGCUUUGAUUCAUAAGGAAAGACAAAAGGCCAAUGAAGUGUCAAAAAUGGUUCUUGUUGGUGAUGUAACGGGAAAAUCUUGUCUUCUGAUCGAUGAUAUGGCUGACACAUGUGGUACGUUGGUCAAGGCUACGAACACACUGAUGGAUCAUGGCGCUAAGGAAGUUAUAGCUAUUGUUUCACACGGAAUAUUUUCCGGAGCCGCUAGGGAAAGGCUCAAGAAUAGUAGGCUAUCUCGGAUAGUGUGCACAAACACUGUGCCUGUCGAUCUCGAUCUUGAUAUACUGGACCAAAUUGAUAUCAGCCCGACUCUGGCUGAAGCCAUAAGAAGGUUGCAUAACGGUGAAUCCGUUUCCUAUCUGUUCACUCAUGCACCAUUGUAA